CGCUACCACCACCACCACCACCACCACCACCACUACCACUCCUCCUUCUUCUCCUUCUCCUGCUGCUGAUGCCCAUGUCCACCCGCCGGACAUGUUCAGUCUCCUGGGUGGAGCGCUAGCCACUGUCCAUCCGCCCCGCCGUCCGCAGCGUGCCAGACCUGCCAGCGGUCUUCGUCUCUCCUUUGACCUGUUGGGCAUCGGCCCUCCUCACCCCGACCGCUUUGGCAGCCUUAGUUUCCAUGACACCACGCCCGACAACGGUGCUCUUGACCUCACAACAGCGGACGAAGACGCGACGCUCCUUGACUCAAAUGUCCCCAACGCCAUGCAAACUUUGGAUCUCGUAUCAUCAAUGCCGACGAAACCAAGACUUCAUCCGGGCCUGAUCCAAACGCCGUAUCGCCAUGAUGUUGCUACUCUCACCCCGCCAGCUGAUGCCGAGCCGUCAUGGCGCGCAACCACUUUGAAGCACUUGUCAGAUGCUCCUGGGGACUCGCGCUCCCCGGAUCUUCCUGAUCUUCCCGCUCAGGCCAGUUCCAUCGCUGCGGUUCGAAAUGCUGGCGAACGUACCGUGACCGUGGCCUCAGAAGCGAACGUGAGGUCAAAUUCGGAUGACGAGUCAACGGCCUGGAUAGAUGGCGCACUUGAGGUACUAGUGGACAACAUACGCAGCGCUGCUAUCCCUAACAACCCUCUCCGGGUGCUCUCACAUGCACUUCCUGUGCCUUCUGAUAGCGGGCAUAUUUACAACACGAUACUCGAGCGAAUAGGCGCAAAUACGCCCUGUAAUCCGCCCACAUGGAUCAAUGUCUUUCACGCGAUACCUGGCAAGUUCAACCUGCCAGACAUACCCACCUCGCCUCCGAGCACUCCUGGAAUGCAGUCUGGAGACGACUACUUCACGCAAAAGAUAUUUUCUAGCGCGGUGCCCAUUUCGGACUACCAAGAUGAUCCAUCCGCCUUGCCACGUUCGCCGCGACCGGUCGUACCCCCUUCGACAGUGAACCUGGCCGUCGUGGAGCGGUACAUUCCACCGUCUUCGUCAAACGAGUUUAAAAAUUUGUUCAGUCCGAGCGGACCUUCGCUUCUUGUCGAUAGGCUUGUGGAACUGUCGCCUACUGGAGGCACUCUCGUCUUCAUCUAUCCGACCCGCACUGGCGCCGAGACGUUCAUGAGGGAGUAUCUGAGCCCGAUCCUUGAUCCUCUGCUUCGAACGACCCAGGUGGUACACGGCUUGUCUUGGAGCCUCAGCCAGGACCUUGGGACCAUGGCAGCGACGAAAGAUAUGGAUGAGUUUGAUCAAAUGCAGCGGUCCAUGCAGAGGCUCUGCGCGCGUCUAGCACAACGAAAGCAAGGCAGCUAUGCGACGGUGCAUGCAUCAAAAGCCUGCGUGCGAAUCGGACGAGCAGCGUGGGCGAAGGACUGGUGGCCGAGGCAAGAAUAUCCUCGAAUCAAGGAGACAGUUACUCGUGCCACGCAGGAGGCGCUGAGGAAGAGCAGUAACCAAUACAUCGAGAGGGCGUCCACGGCAACAGAGCUCGUAGGCCACCUUGUGGAAGGCGUGCUCAAGAACCAAUACCCGUCAGGACAGGAUCCGACGAGUGGUAUUGAAGUGGGCAUAUUUGUCGUGCAGCGUUCAGCGUAGCGUUUUCUCCAGGACGAUAUAACGAGACGACUUGAUGAAAGCAUAUGAGAGACAGAAAGAGAGAAGAGAGAAGAGAGAGAUAGAGAGAGACACAGAGAGAGAGAGUGUGUGUGUGUGUGUGGGAGAGAGAGAGUGGGAGAGCAGCACAACGCAGGUGCGCAAUGUGCGUGGAGGGUCAUCACCUAGUUCUAUACCUUUUUCACACCAUUUAAUGGGCAAACCAGUCGGGUUCAGAUCGAAGACUGCCAGGUAGAAUGCCCGGCCGAACCAAUAUCGUCAUCGAGCUCUUCGGCCACGACCCUCGGCCUCAGCUGUGUCGGCAGUUUAGUCUACUACAUAGGUACCUCAGGUACCUGUAACUACUGAAUGUACCUCCUAG